AUGCCAGCCGCAGCGAGCCAGGUCGGGCUCAUCCUCGUCGCGACGCUCGUCGUCUACUCGUCCGUCGUCCUCGCCCGGCAGCGCAACUUUGCGCGCAAGCCCCGCAAGACGCUCUCGCGCCUCGACACCGACGCGCCGCUGCGGCCACAGCCCUACGCGACGCCCGCCCGCUCCGUUGACAACCACCUCCACAAGACCGCUGUGACGCUCAUGCACGAGCUCGGCAUCUCGAUGGCCGGCCUCUCGCCGCUGCGCCGACGGCCGUCGGUGGCGUCCUCGAGUAUCUUGACGUCCGAGGAGUACGACAAGAAGACGGACCUCAUGCAUGAAGGGCGCAACCAAGGCGGGAAGCUGGUUGUUGUCAUGGUCGGUCUGCCUGGCCGCGGCAAGUCGUACAUGGCCCGCAAGGUCGCUCGGUACCUCAACUGGAUCAACUACGCGACGCCACGGCGCCGACUUUUCGACCCGCAAAACCCAUUGGGGCAGAAGCAGCGCAUGGAGAUGGCCGAGGCCGCGAUGGACGACAUGCUCAACUACCUCAACAACGAGGGCGAGGUCGCGAUCUAUGAUGGGACCAACUCGACGCUCGAACGCCGGCUCUGGAUCGAGAAACGCAUCGCCGAAACGGACGGCUUCCACCUCCUCUUCAUUGAGAGCGUCUGCGACGACGAAGCCAUCAUUGAGCGCAACAUCAUCGACACGAAGCUGCGGUCGCCCGACUACCGCGGCGUGACGCCCGAGAUGGCCGUCGAGGACUUCCGCAAGCGCAUCGCCAACUACCGCAAGAACUACGAGGCGCUCGGACCCGCCGACGAGAUCUUUUCGUAUGUCAAGGUCAUCGACGCCGGCACCAAGCUCAUCAUGAACCGUAUCCACGGGUACCUCCCGAUGAAGAUCCUCUCGUUCAUCAGCAAUCUGCACAUCGUGCCGCGGCCCAUCUACCUCUCGAGCCACGGCGAGAGCAUGAACGACCUCAGCGCGCGUCUCGGCGGCGAGGCCGAGCUCACGCCGCGCGGUGUCGAGUACAGCAUCGCGCUGGCCAAGUUCUUAGCCGAGAACCCCGAGACGGCGCCGAGUGCGCUGAGUCUCUGGUACUCGACGGCCAAGUGCGCGCGCGCGACGGUCCGCCACAUUGAGAGCCACACGCGCGUCCAGUGGCGCGCGCUGCGGCCGCUCGAGGCCGGCGCCUAUUCGCACUUGACCCGCGCCGAGCUCAAGCUGCACCACGCCCAGGAGUAUGCGAUGCGCGCGGCCAACCGACUCUGGUAUCGGUACCCGCUGGGCGAGAGCUACGUGGACGUCAUCACGCGCCUCGAGCCCGUCAUCUUUGAGCUCGAGCGCAGCCGGUCGCCAGUGCUCCUCGUCGCGCACCCCGAGGUCAUCCGGUGCCUCUACGGCUACUUCCUCGACCUGCCGCUGCUUGAAAUUCCCAGGGUCCACGCGCCGCUCCACGAGCUCAUCGAGCUGCACAUGACCGCGUACGAGUGCAUCGAGACGCGCCACCGCCUCACGCCCAUCAAAACCCACGAUCCCGAGGCCUAA